CCUAUCUGCUUUAAGGAAUUGCUUCAACAUUUUGAAUAUCUCAACUACACGACCUGCUCCAGAGAAAAAAAAACCAGACUCCUCCCCCUCCCUGAAACAGGGAAGGCACCCGCUGGGCCAUACUCAGUACGAAAGAGGAGCUGCCACAAACUACAUUACUAGAAAUAAAGCCAGGAAGAAGUUGCAACUUAGUCUUGCAGAUUUCAGGCGAUUAUGCAUUCUGAAGGGUAUUUAUCCUCAUGAACCUAAACAUAAGAAAAAAGUUAACAAAGGUUCAACAGCUCCACGUACUUUCUAUCUCAUCAAAGAUAUCAAGUUCUUACUGCAUGAGCCUAUUGUGAACAAAUUUCGUGAUUAUAAAGUAUUUGUCCGGAAAUUACGGAAGGCCUAUGGAAAGGCUGAAUGGGAAACAGUUCAAAGGCUUAAGGAGAAUAAACCUGUGUACAAGCUAGAUCAUGUUGUCAAAGAACGGUACCCUACCUUCAUAGAUGCUCUCCGUGACCUUGAUGAUGCAUUGUCCAUGUGCUUCCUAUUUGCCACAUUCCCUCGCACGGGUAAAUGUCACGUACAGACAAUUCAGUUAUGUCGGCGCCUAUCUGUGGAGUUUAUGAAUUUUGUUAUUGCCUCCAGGUCCCUUCGCAAGGUAUUCUUAUCUAUCAAAGGAAUUUAUUAUCAAGCUGAAAUUCUUGGUCAACUGAUAACUUGGAUUGUGCCCUAUACAUUUGCACAUGAUCAUCCCACAGAUGUGGACUACAGAGUGAUGGCAACCUUCACAGAGUUUUUCACAACCCUUCUUGGAUUUGUCAACUUUAGAUUGUACCAGAGCCUCAAUCUUCUUUAUCCUCCAAAGCUUGAAAACAAUGCUGAAGAAAGUAACCUGAAGCAAGACAAUGAAGAGAAAUAUGCAAUGGAUUCUGAAUGUUAUAUGGAGAAACUGGCUGCGCUGGGUGCAAGUUUAGCUCGUGUGAUAUCCUCGAAUGAAGAGGAUGACGUACCUGAUGAGUUUCCUGCAGAAGAAGAAAAUGCAGUACUGCUUGAAGAGAGGCAAAAAGAACAACAAAUUCUAGAAAAACUGAAGAAGUUGUUUGAGGGGAUGAAGUUUUUCUUAAACAGAGAAGUUCCACGUGAAUCACUGGCAUUUGUCAUAAGGUGUUUUGGAGGCAAGGUAUCAUGGGAUAAGUCACUUUGUAUAGGUGCGACAUAUCCUGUAACAGAUGAAACCAUCACUCAUCAGAUCGUGGACAGGCCAAAUCUGGAUAAACAGUUUAUUAACAGGUAUUAUAUCCAGCCUCAAUGGGUCUACGACUGUAUUAAUGCUAAAACACUUCUUCCUGUAGAAGAUUAUUUUCUGGGAGUAACUUUACCACCUCACCUGUCCCCAUUUGUGGAGGAGAAAGAAGGAGACUACAUUCCACCAGAGAAACUCAAACUCUUGGCCAUUCAGAGAGGCGAUAGCACGUAUGAAAACCAAAAUGAAUCUGAAGAGGAUGAACAGGAUGAUGAGUCUGAGGAUGAAGGUGAGGAGGAUUUGGAUGAAACCGAAAAGGAAGACGAAGAAAUGCUGAAGAAAAUGGAGGCUGAGAAGGUGAAAAACAAACAACUGAAUGUGAAAGUAACUGCAGGAACUGUCAAGCUGGAGAACAAAACAGAAGCAUCCCAACGAGAGCAAGCAGAAGAGAAGCGCCUAGCUAUCAUGAUGAUGAAGAAAAAAGAGAAGUAUUUGUACAAGAAAAUCAUGUUUGGCAAGAAGAGAAAAGUUCGUGAGAGAAACAAGUUGGCAGCUAAGAGAAAGGCUCAUGACGAUGUACUUAAAGCUGAGAAAAAGAAGAACAAAAAAGUUAAAUUACAGUAAAGUACUGAGUAUCGUUGCAUACUUCAGAUUGUAAACUAAAUUCUGAUAAGUUUGUCGAUACAGAUUCUUUGAACCUUCAUGGGCUACAAGAUACCCUUCUUUCACUAAAGCGGUUACGUUGUGUCCUGGAUUUUGACAGUUGCUAUCUAGGAAGAACUCUGCCUGUAAAAAGUAAUUUAAGACCUUUUUUCUACAAGACUACUUGUAAAAUGUAAGAUUAAAAUGUCCUUACAGGACAUGUCUUAUGUUUGUUCAUUUCUCAUCGUAUUGAAUAGAUUUCUAUUUUUAAAAUCUAAGAAUGCCACUUUGGCAUUAUAAUUGUGUUAUAAGCAGAAAAUGUUGGCCUGCUGAAAUAUCUAAUGCCUUUUAUGCUGUUUAAGCUUAAAUUGAUGAAUGAAGAAAGCAAAAACUGGAAUCAAAUGUAGUUUAACAGCUGCAAAUGGGACCUUGUGGAAAUUGUGGAGCCUAAGCCUAAUCCCAAUAUGUUAUGUGCCACACAGGUACCUAACAGGUGACAGUAGCAGAUCUUUUUCCAGGAUCAAGACCCCUGGGGGUGGAAGUCCUGCUUAGUUGUGUAAUCAGCAGUGCUACUGGGGUGCCAGUGACAGCUGCUGGUAUGACACCUUCUGUGACCUUUUAAUAGAAUAGAGAUCGAGAUGUUUGAUGGCAGGUGGAGGAGACACAUGAAUUUUGGUAUUGGCUUUUGCCUCCCCUCCCUGACACCAAAUAAAGUGUCAAAUUCCUCAGGCACUGAAAUCUUUGAACUAGGUAACUCCCUCGCCCCCAGAGUUUGCUCGUCAUGCUCCCUAGAUGGUAAACACCCCAUGCACCCCUCAACCCCACCCCAACUCCCCUAAGAAAACUAACCAUUACCCCAAUUGCUACUGAAUUAACACCUGCUUUGGCAGGAUGAGGUUCCUAAUUGGGUGUUAAUUGCCCACUUCGUCUUCGUGCCCUACUGCCAAUUAAGGCUGUCCACCAUAGAAUUAGUCGGGCUGUAGGUGGCGUAAUUCCCACCCAUCAACCUCCCCAUCUGAUUUAAUUCUACCCACUGCCAGGGGUCAGAUCACAAAAUUCUUCCCAGCGUAUGACCGGACGGUUGAUGUAUGCUUUAUGUUGUAAAUUUGUUUCUUCUAUCAUCAUCAGUUUAAAAGAUUUCUGGUCUCCCCAUGUUAAUCUGAAAGCUUUGUCAUUUAGUGACACUUAAUUGAGAGCUAACUAGCCAAAUGAAUGAAUUAGUAACCAUUAAGAUUAAAACAAAGUGUAUAAAGCAGCCCUGCCUACUUGUUUUAUUUUACUGAAAUUAAUUUUGGCUACCGAUUUUAGAGUUCUUUCCAGAAUAUUGACCAGUGUUUUUGAACGUCUUUUUUAUUUUUGCUCUCAUUGAGGUAGGUAAUAUCAGCACCACAGAAUGGAACAAUUUUAAAUUGUAACUACUUGCUGUCAGCAGUGAACGGUUUUAUUGUGUUGUCACCACUCUGUCCUGUAAUGUUAUUUCUGAAUGUUUUCUAUUCCUUCCACUACUUUUCUAAUUGAUGUAAGGCUGGCAGCUGGGUUGGUUUGUGCUAUGACUACCUGUGGUUAUUUUGCAUCACGUCCUCGUAUCCAACAGUGAAUGAAAUCUUUAUCCAUCUGGAUUUAACAGAAAGAUCCAAGGAGAAUAUUUAUGUCCAGUGUAGAGUGUGAGCUUCAAGAAUUAAACAUUUGACAAGAUUCAUUAUUUGAAUUGCACUGUUAAAUGAUAUGUGCUUGAGUUUCUCAUUUGUCUAAGUGUCCAAGUGGCCAUCUGAUGCCAGAGGUUUUAAACUGGCUUUGGAUAUAAAUAUUUCAAUUUUAUGAUAUUUGGUUUCUCUAUUGCUUAAAGGAGCACCCUUUCAUGCCAUUGUCAGAAAACCAUGGUUUUCACUGAAGUUUAGAGGAUUGGAAGGUAGACUCAUUAAAAUAUCUGACCAGCCUAAACAGACUGAAUGCAGCAAUGAUGUAUACCCUGACUGGUGUGGCCAAAGGAAAGGGCUGUAGUCUUGGGAUAUGGAAUAAGCUAUUUAAGACUGAGAUGAGAAGAAAUUUCUUGAGGAUGGUGAACUUACACCUGCAAUGGCCUAGUCCUGCUUGGAUUUUUGGUGUUUCUAACUGUUUAGAUUACAAUUAUUUACACAUUGAGAUCUUGGCUUUGGUUUUUCUCCCCUCUGCUUAGAAAUGGAAAACCUCAGUUGAUACCUCCAGUAUUUCUUACUCAUUGUGAUUUGCAAGACUUAAGAUCUGUCUGGAUGUUUGAACAUGGUUGAAGAGAGAAAAUAAAUGUUGAACUCUUAAAUAACUUAUUCUGGUUACAUGGGAACUAGUUUCUUCUAUAACACUCAUGUUAUUUUGGGUUCUGUCAACCAAAAGAGACUACAAGUGCACAAUGAAGUGCUGAGGUCCUGUGUCUGCUGGAUCUUUGAAGAUUUCUGUUGGGCUAUUUAUGUGUGUACACAGGAGGAAGUAAUGCUUCAAUGUAUUGUGUCACCUUUGUGGUGUGCAAAAUGCAAAUCUCUACAAUACCUUUUAUAGAAAGGAAAGCAUUGGAUGAGCUAUAUGUUCCAUUAAGCAAUUGCAUUGAAAUGUUUGGUACUGUACACUGUUGAUAGUGGGGUGCUUACUUUGAAAUAUCUUCCUAGCAGCUUGCUUUUUAUUCAGCCAAAAAUAAUGACGACUGUUGUCAUAAUCAUCUUGCCAAUAAUGAAUACAAAUGCGGUGUAAUCAGUGUAACUGAUGAAGCAGUUGUGGUUGCUUUUGUAUAUACAAAUCGGUGCCAUUUAAUUUCUGUAUAAAUAACAAAAAAGAACAUUAUUCCAAGCAUGUAAACCUCUUAUAAAUAUCUAUAAUACGGAGUUUUAUUAAGUUUUUUUUCAUGUUGGUAUUUCCUACUGUAAGGUAGAAUUUAAAUCCAUCAACAAUAAGUGGCAUUAACUAAUGUUCUGAAUUAUUUUAGUGAAGUUUCAAAUAUACUAACCUUGAAUAAUUUAACCUUC